AUGGAAAGUUGGCAAGCUGCAAUUAUAGCCCUUUCUGCUAUGUUCUUUAUUGUUUUAGUUUUGUUUUGUCUCCAAAGAUUAACUUGUCAGGGAGGUGGAGACGCCGGAGAUGGCGGAGGUGGAGGCGCCGGGGAUGUAGCCAUAGACAUAAACGAUGGUGGAGAUGGUGGAGAUGGAGGAGGUGGGGGCGGCGGAGACGGCGGUUUUGAUGGGGGUGGAGACGGCGGUUUUGAUGGGGGUGGAGGCAGCGGUUGUGAUGGGGGUGGCGGUGGUUUUGGUGGUGGUGGAGGAGGUUUUGAUGGGGGUGGCGGCGGUUUUGGUAGUGGCGGCGGUUGUGAUGGUGGUGGCGGUGGUGGAGGAGGCGGUGGCGUCUUUUAA